AAUAAGGAUGGAGUAAGCUGAAGGGAGGGGUUUAGUUAAACCCUUCGUUGUUUUCAAUCUCCACUUCCAUGGCUUCUCUAGCUCCCACAUACACGCCUUGCAUUUCCUUUAACCCCCUCAAUUCGCUUCCUCCUCUCAAUUCCGCCGGAGUUCGAGUUUUCUUCCCGCCCAUCCGUAGCAGAAAGUUUAGUUGCAAGUGCUCUGACAGCCAGCAAUCGCCUCAACAGAAGCAAUCCCAGAGGCCACGUAAGAAGCCCCAGAAGCUUGAUGGAAUUGACCCCGUCGGGUUCCUCGACAAGCACGGUAUUUCCAAUAAAGCGUUUGCGCAGUUCCUUCGCGAGAGGUACAAAGCUUUGAAGGACUUGAAGGAUGAAAUUUCCAAUCGAUUCUACAAUCUCCAGGAGCUGGCUUCGGGGUUUGAAAUAUUAGGCAUGCACAGGAAUGCGCAACACCGUGUAGAUUUUAUGGAUUGGGCACCAGGUGCUCGGUAUUGUUCUUUGGUGGGAGAUUUUAAUGGUUGGUCGCCUACAGAAAACUCUGCAAGGGAGGGCCAUCUCGGCCAUGAUGAUUACGGGUACUGGUUUAUAAUCCUCGAAGAUAAGUUAAGGGAUGGGGAAGAGCCAGAUGAAGUGUACUUUCAACGGUAUAACUAUGUUGAUGGCUAUGAUAAAGGUGACAGUGGUGUUACAGUUGAGGAAGUUUUUAAGAAAGCAAAUGAAGAAUAUUGGGAACCCGGUGAAGACCGCCUCUCAAAAUCACGAUAUGAGCUUGCAACUAAGUUGUAUGAGCAAAUAUUUGGUCCAAAUGGACCACAAACAGAGGAGGAAAUGGAAGAAAUAGCAGAUCCAGAAACGAGAUACAAGGCCUGGAAAGAGAAGCAUAAAGAUGAUCCACCAAGUAACUUACCACCAUGUGAUGUUAUUGAUGAUGGAAGUGAUGGUGAAUUUACGGUCGUCACUGAUCCUGCUUGGCAAGAGAAAUUCAAAAAUAAGAAACCUCCUAUUCCCUAUUGGCUGGAGACUCAAAAAGGGAGAAAAGCAUGGUUGAAAAAGUAUAGACCUGGGAUUCCUCAUGGAAGCAAAUACAGGGUGUACUUUAACACUUCAGCAGGAUCUGUGGAACGAGUUCCUGCUUGGGCUACUUAUGUGAUUCCAGUAGCAGAUGGCAAUCAAUCUUUUGCUGUUCACUGGGAACCACCUCCUGAACAUGCAUAUAGAUGGAAAUAUACUCGUCCACCAAAACCAAAAUCCUUGCGCAUAUAUGAAUGUCAUGUUGGGAUAAGUGGGCAGGAUCCUGGGAUCGCUACAUUCAAGGAGUUCACUGAGAAGGUCCUACCUCAUGUGAAGGAAGCUGGAUACAAUGCAGUCCAAUUGAUUGGAAUACUAGAGCACAAGGAUUAUUCCAGCGUUGGCUAUAAAGUGACAAAUUUUUAUGCUGUAACCAGUCGUUAUGGCACACCUGAUGACUUCAAGCGCUUGGUGGAUGAAGCACAUGGACAUGGCCUGCUUGUCCUUCUAGAUAUUGUCCAUUCUUAUGCUGCACCUGAUGAGAUGGUUGGGUUGUCAUUUUUUGAUGGAGCAAAUGAUUGCUACUUCCAUUCUGGUAAAAGAGGCCAUCACAAAUUUUGGGGCACCCGAAUGUUCAAAUAUGGGGAUCAUGAUGUUUUGCACUUCCUCCUUUCAAAUUUGAACUGGUGGAUGGUGGAGUACCAAGUUGAUGGCUUCUAUUUUCAUUCAUUGUCAUCAAUGAUGUAUACACAUAAUGGAUUUGCUACUUUAACUGGUGAUGUAGAGGAGUACUGCAAUCAGUAUGUUGACAAGGAUGCUUUGCUGUAUCUCAUACUAGCAAAUGAGAUCUUGCACAUUCUCUAUCCCUAUAUAGUGACAAUUGCUGAAGAUGCCACACUUUAUCCUGGACUUUGUGAACCAACUUCUCAAGGCGGCUUAGGCUUUGAUUUUUUCGUUAAUCUCUCUGCCUCAGAGUUGUGGUUUUCCUUCCUUGAGAAUGUCCCAGAUCAUGAAUGGAGCAUGAGUAAGAUUGUAAGCACAUUGAUUGGAAACAAACACAGUACUGACAAGAUGCUUCUCUACGCUGAAAAUCACAACCAGUCCAUUUCUGGUGGCCGGUCAUUUGCAGAAAUACUCUUCGGCUCAGAAAGCACAGGAAAGAUGUUGCUGAGAGGUUGCUCAUUGCAUAAGAUGAUCCGGUUAAUUACAUUUACAAUUGGAGGUCAAGCAUACCUCAAUUUCAUGGGCAAUGAGUUUGGGCAUCCGAAGCGGGUGGAGUUCCCCAUGCCAAGCAACAAUUUUUCGUAUUCGCUGGCCAAUCGCUGCUGGGAUCUAUUGGAGGAUCAACUUCACAAAAAAUUGUUUGCGUUUGACAAGGCCAUGAUGAAAUUGGACGUAGAUAGCAGAAUACUCGAAAGAGGUCGAAAAGGCCUGCCCAAUAUUCACCAUGUCAAUGACAAUACAAUGGUGAUAUCAUAUGCGCGAGGCCCUUUCCUCUUUGUCUUCAACUUUCAUCCCACAAAUUCGCACGAAAAAUAUAGCAUAGGUGUUGAAGAAGCUGGGGAGUAUAAAAUCAUUCUGAAUACGGACGAAGAGAUCUACGGUGGUGAAGCAUUAAUCCACCAGGAUCAGUACACCCAACAAACCAUUAGCAGAAGAAUGGAUGGUGCCAGAUAUUGCUUGGAGCUUCCCCUCCCGAGUAGAACAGCGCAGGUGUACAAAUUAAGUAGGAUUCUGAGAGUAUAAUGGCAGUGGCUGAUUAGUGAUUGUAUUUGCAGAAUAGGCGACCAGUCACUCACAUGUAAGAAUUUUACUUGCUUUAAUUCAAUGUUGCAACUUUGAUCAUUUUAUUUUAUUGUUACUAAUUACACUAUUAUGAUAUAUAUAUAUAUAUAUGUACAUCUGUA